GGGAUGAGGUGGGAGCGCGCGGCUCUCCAGCGUCGCUCACCGCUGCCGGGAGAGCGUCCCCAUCUCCGGACGGCGAGCGGCCCCUGACCCGGAGUCUCUCAGCCUCCGGGAGGCGUCCCCUCGGGUCGUCGCCCGGGCCGCCCGCCGCUCCCCGGCCGGCCGCGGCGUGGGGGGAGGUCAGCAUGAGCCGGGGGGCCCGGCGGGGCGGCGCGGGGCAGGGGGCGGCGGCCGCAGUGCAGCUGCUGGUCACCCUGAGCUUCCUCCCGAGCGUCGUCGAGGCCCAGGUCACCGGAGUCCUGGAUGAUUGCUUGUGUGAUGUUGAUAGCAUCGAUAACUUCAACACCUUCAAAAUCUUCCCCAAAAUAAAAAAGCUGCAAGAACGAGACUAUUUCCGUUAUUACAAGGUUAACCUGAAGCGCCCAUGUCCCUUCUGGGCAGAAGAUGGCCAUUGUUCAAUAAAAGACUGUCACGUAGAGCCUUGUCCAGAGAGUAAAGUUCCAGUUGGAAUUAAAGCUGGGGGCGCUAACAAGUACUUGAAAGUGGCCAACGCCACCAGAGAACUGGAGGACUGUGAGCAAGCUAGCAAACUGGGAGCAGUUAACAGCACGUUAAGUAAUCAAAGCAAAGAAGCUUUCAUUGACUGGGCAAGAUACGAUGAUUCACAGGAUCACUUUUGUGAACUUGACGAUGAGAGAUCUCCAGCUGCCCAGUACGUAGACCUGCUGCUGAACCCGGAGCGUUACACUGGCUACAAAGGGCCCUCGGCGUGGCGAGUGUGGAACAGCAUCUACGAGGAAAACUGCUUCAAGCCUCGAUCUGUUUAUCGUCCUUUAAAUCCCCUGGCACCCGGCCGAGGAAAAGAUGAUGGAGAGUCGUUCUACACGUGGCUAGAAGGCUUGUGUCUGGAGAAAAGAGUCUUCUAUAAACUGAUAUCAGGACUUCAUGCUAGCAUCAAUUUACAUCUGUGCGCAAAUUAUCUUCUGGAAGAAACCUGGGGGAAACCUAGCUGGGGACCUAAUAUGAAAGAAUUUAAACACCGCUUCGACCCCGUGGAAACCAAGGGAGAAGGCCCAAGAAGGCUAAAGAAUCUGUACUUUUUAUAUUUAAUUGAGCUUCGAGCUUUAACAAAGGUGGCCCCCUACUUUGAGCGCUCAGUUGUCGACCUCUACACUGGAAAUGUGGAAGAUGAUGCGGACACAAAAGCCCUUCUGCUGAGCAUCUUCCAAGACACCAAGUCCUUCCCCAUGCACUUUGAUGAGAGGUCCAUGUUCGCAGGUGACAAAAAGGGAGCCAAGUCGUUAAAGGAGGAAUUCCGGUUACAUUUCAAGAAUAUCUCCCGUAUAAUGGACUGUGUUGGAUGCGACAAAUGCAGAUUAUGGGGGAAAUUACAGACUCAGGGUUUAGGAACUGCCCUGAAGAUACUGUUCUCUGAAAAAGAGAUCCAAAAGCUGCCAGAGAACAGCCCGUCUAAAGGUUUCCAACUCACUCGACAGGAAAUAGUCGCUCUUUUAAAUGCUUUUGGGAGGUGGUUGCUGUGAUACAGGGUCACGUCUGCACGGACAAGCCAGUUUCUCUACAGGUCACAGGGAAAAUUCACAGUCUCAGACGCCAGUAUUUCUCAGCUGGCCUUCUCGGCCUUGUGGGGAGAUACUCUCCUGACAGGAUCCUCCCUAGCUGUUUCACUUGCUCCCGUGCAGCAGCAGGGCUGAGGGCGGUCUGGUUCAGACAGUGGGGGGGAAGAAGAGGUGAAACCUCCAGCUGUUCCUUGAGCUGUGGAGGCACUCGUUCUUGCCCUGUUUUCCCUCUGUAUCCAGACAGACGGCCUCCUUAGACUGCAGAUGAUUUUGGAAAUAAUUUGAAUUUGCCUACAGAGGUGCACGCAGCACCACCUGACUACAGAAUACAGACGAGAAGGCCAAGGACCACAGAAAAUAAGAGCAAACGGCACUGUGCUGCCCUGGGAAAAGGGCAGCAAAGUCAAAUCAAGGAGGAAUGCUUUUUAAAAAAUAGAGAACCGAGUGAUACAGAGAUUCUUGUGUUUUCUUUUUUUUUUUUUUCUU